AUGGAACUUCUUGAGUGCCGUAAAAGAAAAGAAAAAAACAAGCGCAGGGCGACGCUGAGCGCGCAUUUCUUAUUCUUAGCCGGAUUUAUCUCUGCUUUCAAAAUGUGGCUCUCCCACGGACGCGUUCAGGUGUCGUCACUCAGCCGCCCGUUGUUGCGCGCGGUGCAGGGCCGGAGGAGGAAGAGCCACGCCGCGGCGUUCAUGCCAGAGGCGGCGGGCUUCGAGGGCGUGCGGGACCGCGCGGAGUUACAGAACUUCUCCGUGGCUCACGCCGAGAGCUUCUGGUCCCGCGUGGCGCGUCACCGACUGGAGUGGAUGAGUCCCUUCCACACCGUGCUGGACUGCGACCUGAAGCGGGGGAAAGUGAGGUGGUUCGAGGGCGGGAAGCUCAACGUGUCCGUCAACUGCCUGGACCGCCAUGCGCAGACUUGCCCGCAGAAGGUCGCCCUGAUUUGGGAGCGUGAUGAACCAGGGUCAGAGGUCAAGGUCACCUACAGGCAGUUACUGGAGAUGACCUGCCGCGCCGGCAACCUGUUGAGGCGGCGUGGCGUGACGAAGGGCGAUGCGGUCACCAUCUACAUGCCCCCCUGCCCGCUGGCCGUGGCGUCCAUGUUGGCCUGCGCCCGAAUAGGCGCCGUGCACAAUGUGGUGUUCGCGGGCUUCAGUGCCCAGGCGCUGGCGGAGCGGAUCAGAGACGCCCAGUCCAGCACCGUCAUCACCGUCAACGAGGGUGUCCGAGGCGGCAAGACCACCCAACUGAAGAAGACGGUGGACGCGGCGGUGCAGAGCUGCCCGACCGUGCGGCAGGUGCUUGUCGCCAUGAGGACGGACACGCCGGUCGCCAUGACGACGAAGGAUGUCGCCAUGGAGGAGGAGAUGAAGAUGGAGGACGGCGUGUGUGAGCCGGAGGCCAUGGACAGCGAGGACGUGCUGUUCCUGCUUUACACGUCUGGCAGCACGGGGAAGCCCAAAGGACUCGUGCACACUCAAGCCGGAUACCUGCUGUACACCUCACUUACACACAAGUAUGUCUUUGACUACAAUGAUGGCGACGUAUUUGGCUGUGUGGCCGACAUCGGUUGGAUCACAGGACACAGUUACAGCGUGUACGGACCCCUGGCCAACGGCGGGACCACCGUGCUGUUUGAGAGCACGCCAGUUUACCCCGACCCAGGCAGGUACUGGGAGAUGGUGGAGAGGCUUAAAAUCAACCAGUUCUACGGCGCCCCCACAGCCAUUCGCCUGCUUCUCAAGUACGGCGACGAGUGGGUACACAAGUACGACCGCUCCAGCCUCAGAACACUCGGAUCCGUGGGCGAGCCCAUCAACACUGAGGCGUGGGAGUGGUACCACACUGUGGUGGGAGAGGGACGCUGUCCUGUGGUGGACACCUGGUGGCAAACAGAGACGGGCGGCAUCUGCAUCGCGCCGAGACCGUCGGAGCAGGACGCCGAGAUUGUCCCAGGAAUGGCCAUGAGACCUUUUUUUGGCAUUAAACCAGCGAUCAUGGACAGUGAGGGCAAAGUGAUAACCUCCAAUGAGGCUUCAGGAGCACUUUGUAUCUCUCAGCCUUGGCCGGGCAUGGCCAGGAGCAUCUAUAAUGACCACCAGAGGUUCAUAGACACCUACUUCAAGACCUACCCUGGUCACUUCUUCACUGGCGAUGGCGCCCAUCGCUCCAAGCAAGGCUACUACCAGAUCACCGGUCGCCUCGAUGAUGUCAUCAACGUGAGCGGUCACAGGAUUGGCACGGCGGAAAUUGAAGAUGUUGUGGACUGCACACAUCAUUACGACUACAACAUCAUCGGAAGAACCCACAAAAGGGCAAGGAAAACUCACACCCAGUGGGCAGGGAGAAUUCACAUCCAGUGGGACGCCAGUGACAAUGCUGACUAUGAGAAACCUUGGAGAGGACCUCAGAUGUGGGCAACCCCCCCCUCUAGGGGACCGAAAGCAAUGGAUGUCGAGCGGGUCUAACAUGAUACUGUCAAAGUUCAAUCCAUAGUGGCUCCAAGACAGCAGCGAGAGUCCCGUCCACAGGAAACCAUCUCAAGCGGAUCAGCAGCGUAGAGAUGUCCCCAACCGAUACAGGCGAGCGGUCCAUCCUGGGUCCCGACGAGCGGUCCAUCCUGGGUCCCGACGAGCGGUCCAUCCUGGGUCUCGACUCUGGACAGCCAGUACUUCAUCCAUGGUCAUCGGACCGGACCCCCUCCACAAGGGAGGGGGGGACAUAGGAAAAAGAAAAGAAGCGGCAGAUCAACUGGUCUAAAAAGGAGGUCUAUUUAAAGGCUAGAGUAUACAGAUGAGUUUUAAGGUGAGACUUAAAUGCUUCUACUAUCUUUACCUUUGGCCAUUCUAAGCCAGUCAUUUCCAGGAGUUAUCACACCCUCUGAAAAGCCUCCGUUUCAGUAAUGUUUUCCAAUGUUGUAAAAAUGUGAAGAAUAAAUAUUAUAUUUCAACAUUUCUGUCAAUGAAGAUUUGCGUCAGCCUGCGACACAUUGUCAUUUUGAUACUUACAUCAUGUGUUGCCCUCAUCAUAGUACUUAUUUAAGGCUUUACAUUUUUUGCGACUCCAGACAGAUUUUUAUUUUUGGUUCAAUAUGGCUCUUUCAUCAUUUUGGGUUGCCGACCCCUGGCAUAGGGUUUUCUUAGGUCUUGAGGUUUUGGUUAGCGUUGUGGUUAGUGUCUGAAGAUCAGUGGAGGUUUUGGUGAAGGGAAGAAAUAAAGGACAUAGUUGGUGUUUUAAACAUUAGCUGCCAGGAUUUCUACUGCAACUUCAACAUAUGUUAAGAUUUCUAUGUACAGAUGUGCUUUAACUUACGAGCUUAAUUGGUUCUGUUGACGGAGCUCGUAAAUCAAAACACGUGUAUCUCAAAUCAAUGUCUCCCAUUGAAAUGAAUUGAAAUCAAUUUAAUUGGCGCACAAUUUUAAGAAAAACUAACUUUUGGAUAAAAAUAUUGUAUAAAAACAAUAGGAUAGAACAGUGGUUCUCAAAUGGGGGGAAGCGUACCCCUGGGGGUACUUGAAGGUAUGCCAAGGGGUACGUGAGAUUUUUUUUAAAUAUUCUAAAAAUAGCAACAUUUCAAAAAUCCUUUAUAAAUGUAUUUAUUGAACAAUACUUCAACAAAAUAUGAAUGUAAGUUCAUAAACUGUGAAAAUAAAUUAAACAAUGCAAUAUUCAGUGUUGACAGCUAGAUUUUUUGUGGACAUGUUCCAUAAAUAUUGAUGUUAAAGAUUUCUUUUUUUGUGAAGAAAUGUUUAGAAUGAAGUUGAUGAAUCCAGAUGGAUCUCUAUUACAAUCCCCAAAGAGGGCACUUUAAGUUGAUGAUUAUGUCUAUGUGUAGAAAUCUUUAUUUAUAAUUGAAUCACUUGUUUAUUUUUCAACAAGUUUUUAGUUAUUUUCAUAUCUUUUUUUUUCCCAAAUAGUUCCAGAAAACCACUACAAAUGAGCAAUAUUUUUGCACUGUUAUACAAUUUCAUAAAUCAGAAAGUGAUGACAUAGUGCUGUAUUUUACUUCUUUAUCUCUUUCUUUUUUUCAACCAAAAAUGCUUUGCUCUGAUUAGGGGGUACUUGAAUUAAAAAAAGGUUCACUGGGGGUACGUCACUGAAAAAAGGUUUAGAACCACUGGGAUAGAAUGUACAACAGAAUUUUUAUGAAAUAAUAAUGUACAUAAUUUAUUUUGGACUUCUAUGGUAUUUUUUUUUUUACAGCUG